AUGUCGAUCAAGGUUAAGGAGGUCCCUGCGGAAGCUCAUAAUAGCGUAGGGAAAGUGGAAAGAUACCACGCACCAUUACACCGUGCCUACGAGAUUCUCAGGGAAGAGCUCAAGAACAAGAACAUUGACAGGGAAAUGAUCCUGCAGAUAGCUGUAAAAGCUAUCAACAACUCAGCCGGACCAGAUAGAAUCAUCCCAACCCUACUUGUCUUCGGGGCAUACCCGAGAAUAACUAAAAUAGAUCCACCAUCACCUUCGGUAGUCAAGAGAGCUAAGACGAUCCGCACUACAACUAAAGAGGUCCGUCGCCUAUAUACAGAACGCCAGGUGAAUAACACUCUUGCCAUACGCAACGGCCCUAAUACCACCACCACAUUAAGCCUCCCAUUACAAUCAGAUAUUCGAGUCUGGCACGAGAAAGGUAGAUGGAAGGGCCCAUACAAGCUUUUAGCAGUAGAUGGAGAGACUUACACUGUGGAUAUGCCACAUGGUCCUACGAAAUUCCGAUCAACUAUUGUCAAGCCCUACUACAGGGAAGAACACCUAGAAGAAGAGGGAGAACAACAACACAUUAGUGCAGAGAGCCAAGUAGAUGAACCUAUUGAUACGAAACACACAGACGAGCCUAAUAAAAUGGUCAAGACCCAACGACAAGGACGAGAACGACCACCAGGAUCGAAGAACAAACCGAAGCCACAGAUAACCGUGCGGCGGAGCACUCGACGAAAUACUGCUGAUUACCAAGAUCUUAAGGACCAGUUCAUCAAUGCCAUCCAGGAAGAACAAGAUAUUUCAAUGGCACUCAUGACAAACAAAGAACGAGCCGACAUAGAACUCUCUAUCAAGUUGAGGAAUGAAGGUGUUAUCACAACCCCUAGAUUGCCAUUCAAUCAAUCUCGGAACGAGGAGAUUGAAGGACUGAUAGCCAGAGGCGUGUUCGACUUCGUACAAUAUGACAUAAUAAGGCACGCUGGCGUACGCAUCUUCAAUUCGCGAUUAGUCAAUAAGAUCAAAGGAAGGGCUACGGGUACACCUUUCGAGAAGUCACGACUCGUUAUCCAGGCCUACAAUGACGAAGGAAAGGAGAUGAUUCUCACUCAAUCCCCGACCAUUCAGCGAGCUAGCCAACGUAUCAUCGUUGCACUAACCCCGUCACUAAGCAAAAGGAACAUCUGCCUAUCGAUCCGGGACAUCACACAGGCAUAUGUCCAAUCAAUAACCUCAUUGAACCGACUGAUUCUGGCGCAUCUCCCCAAGGAGAUCAAGAGCAAGUUCCCAGAAGGCACAAUUAUAGUAGUACGGAAACCGUUAUACGGGAUCCCUGAAGCCGGAACCCAUUAG